GGAGAAGGGAGAAGGGAGGGGGCGGCAUAUGCAAGAAGAAAGAACUUGUCACAUUGACAAGACAAAGAGAAAUACCUACCUACCCAGCCUACCCAGCCUACCUCCUAUGGUUGAUACUAGGGGGUAUAUAUCAACUACCUAGGUACCUACCUAGGUAGUCUCUGACAUACCUUACAUAAAUCCCAUCUCUUGCCCGCAAUGGGAACUGUCAUUAUCACAGGAGCCAAUGGCUCUCUGGCUAUUCCAGCUGCUGAGUUCCUCCUUCGAGAAAACCCCGACAUCACUGCCAUCUUCACCGUCAGGGAUCCUUCGAAUUCCGAUGCAAACACUGUCCAUCUACGUCAGAUUCUCGCGCGAUACCCCAACGUCAAGACUUCCAUCCAUGCGCUUGACCUCGGCAAUCUUGCUGCCGUACAGAGAUUUGCCGAUGACAUUGCCAAAGGCAUCACCAACACUCAAUAUCCCCCUCUCAAGGCAAUCGUUUGUAAUGCCUUCUACUGGAACCUCGUUGAAGGCCCCGAUUUUACCGACGAUGGUUACGAGAAGACCUUCCAAGUGAACCAUGUCGCCCACGCCAGCCUAGUCCUGAGGCUUCUGGGCCACUUUGGACCUGGUGGCCGCGUUGUGCUGUUUUCUAGCGACGCCCACUGGCCAGGCAAGAACUCAUUGGAGAAGAUUCCACCAGAGAUCCCUUCAGACCUUGAGCGUCUGGUCAAGCCACCCCCGGAUCCCGCGGACAAAAAGGCCGCCCUCUGCUUCCAGAGGUAUGCAAACUCCAAACUUGCCAUCACCUCUUGGACGUAUUCUCUGAAUCGACAUCUGCUGAAAGAUCCGGCCCUCAGCCAUAUCACUGCUGUCGCCAUCAACCCUGGUAACCUUUCUGAUUCCCGCGCCUUGCGCACCAACACGCCAGGGGUUUUGAAAGUGGCCCAGCGCUUCGUGAUUCAACCCUUCAUGCCUGUUCUGCGUCUGCUUUCUGACCCGACGAUGCGGACUUCACGUUCGGCCGGCGAGGACGUAAUGAAGCUCGCACUGGGAAUAGCUCACCCCGGCGAGCGAGGCUUUUUUACUCACUUGAAAAAGGAGAAGAGCUCCCCCGAGAGUCUAGACGAGGGGGAACAGGAGAAGCUAUGGGCCAAGACCCUCGAUUGGACGAAAGUCACCACGGGCAGUACAGCUUUGAAAAUUUAAAUUUCAGGUUUCCGCUGAUAUCAGCUGAGGAUGAAAGGUCUGAACAAUGACUCCAGCGCCGGAAUAGCACCCGACUUUCGCUGCAUGCUUUCUUGUGUUGCGACGUUCCUUCAGCCGGUUUAGCUAGAAGCAUUA